GUCUUCCCCGCGACAAAUCUCGACCCCUUCGAGACAUAUCCCUCGACCUUGGCACCGAGUCUCGUGCAGCAGGCACUUUCCUACCGUAAGCUUGUCACCGUGUCCUAAAGAUAGAUCGGUCGCUGUGUGUUUCUGAACGCUUAUACCAGGCUUCACUAUCAUGACUCCCAGUAUGCUGCCCACGCCAGAAGUCACCAACCCGUAUCUGCAAUCCUGGUUCCCCCUUUCACUGAGUGACAGCGCUCUAUUCCCGGCCCUGCUGUCCUCGUCCCUCACACACUACAAGGUGAACCAUCUACUGACAGGAGAUUUGCCUGCGCCGUUCGGGAUGGGAGAUGAAUCGCUCACGCUGGGCGCGUCCUACAAAGAGACAGUAAAGGCGAUCAAUGCGGCCAUGCAAGAUCCCGUGCGAGUCACAAGUGACGCGACCAUCUUAGCGGUGCUGAUGACGAUUGAGAAGCCGUUUAUGCCGGGCUCGAAGGACUGGUCGCAGGAGUCUCCGUUCCAGGCACCACUUCGAAGACUGCAGUGGUUAAACGUCCACGGGGCGAGAGAGCCGAACCUUGACCAUCAAACGGGUCUAUGUCGGCUGAUUCAGCUGCGUGGCGGGCUGCAUAAUAUCAGGUUGCCAGGAGUUGCGGCGGCCAUCUUCUAUCGGGUGCUUGUUAAUUCGACCUUGACCCUGUCUCCCCCUCCGAUCCCGUUUUUUUCUCUUUCGGGGACGAUGACCGAGUUACUUAAAGCAGACCAUGUCCAUAGCUGGGACGCAACAGCCAUUCAUUUCGGCCCUUUGUGUGAACUUGGGCUCACUCCUGAUCUAGCGGAUGUCUAUGAACAGUUGGCAGGGUAUACGAGGAUUAUCAAGAGGUUUGUUGAUGGGGGGACAGUAAAUUUCGGUCGUCAAGCCAUGUGCGAUCAACGAAAUCUCAUACAGUAUCGUCUGAUGACUCUCCCUCCUGCCGUUUGUCUGAUCGAUGUCAGUCCAGUCUAUGAGGCCUGUCGCAUUGCGGCAAUUAUUUACAGUAUCGGUGUGACAUUUCCCCUGCCUGGCGUCGGGGCGCCAUUUGCAGCUCUCCUGCAGUCCCUGAAAGCCGAAAUCCAGCAGAAUGAGUUAGAUGGUCCCUGGUCUACUUCACCCCAUGGUGUUCGCCUUCUGCUCUGGGUCCUGACCAUGGGAGGCAUCGCUGCAACCGACACGGCCGAGCAACAGUGGUUUGUCGAGACCGCAUCGCGAGUUGCGCCUGGCUCUCUGGUACCGGAGUGGAGAGAAACCAGAAAUAUGCUUCGAGAAUUCCUGUGGCUUGACAGCGCCUGUGACAUGUCGGGGAAGCAAUUCUGGACCCAAGUCUACCCCCUGAUAGGACAAAGCAUCGAGACUGAGUCACAGCCGACUCAACUUCCACACAAAAACAUGUCCCCCUGCAACCAAUGCAAGGCGAAGCGAAUCCGCUGCGACAAGGGCGUUCCCUGUGAAAACUGUGCCAAGGGUGGAUUCAGAUGCUCUUCCCAGACCCUUCCCACAGACAAGCCGGCCCGAGUCCACGUUUUCACCGUCCGGGGGAAGCCCUGUAAGAUCUGCAAGAUGAGGAAGCUCAAAUGCGACAAACAGAACCCAUGUGGGCGCUGUGUCGCCGGCGGCUGGACCUGCGUCUAUGAGCAUGUGGCUUCGCAGCGUACGGCCACUGCGGGACUCUCUGUGAGCAUUGGGAAUCGUCAAUAGCGUGCUGCUCAGCACGAUUCUGACGUGAGAAUAUCGAAAGGUGUCGGAGGGGUGAUGAGGCAAAAUGCUGCGUCAAUAUACGAGGGGGCAAUUUCAGGUGUCCCUCGACCAGAGUGUCGGAUUCUAACUGGGAGACAGAAGAUCGAGCGAGACGGAGACUAAUCUCUUUCUUAUAUCGAUCCCCACCAAGACGAUUUGGCGUGGUGGGUGGUGAUCCACCCGAAAUGGAGUCCGCUUGGGCCGAGCUCGGCG